UGAAGCUAUAACAAAAGCCAUGAAUCUAUACGAGAGGGUAUUUAACGACAUUGAUAAAAACGGAGAUGGGAAGAUAUCGGCGGCGGAGCUUCAUCAGUGCGUGAAGGCAAUAGGGUGGGAAGUGCCGCUUGUGGAGGUGGAGAUGGCGGUGGUGGAGGGUUUGGAUAGAGAUGGAGAUGGAGUGUUAGGGUUGGAAGAUUUGAUUAGUUUAGUGGAAGAUGUUGAAGACGAUGAUAAAAUGAAUGAUUUGAAAGAGGCUUUCAAGAUGUAUGAGAUGGAAGGGUGUGGGAUUAUUACACCACUGAGUUUGAAGAAGAUGCUUGCUAGAUUAGGUGAAUCCUCUUGGAGUUUACAAGAUUGUAAAUUGAUGAUUGCUCAUUUUGAUCUUAAUGGUGAUGGCGUUCUUGAUUUUGAUGAAUUUAGACUCAUGAUGUUGUGA